GACCAGACUCGGAGGAACCAGAGCCAGAGAUGUCCAAACCAGUAAGACGACACCAGUGCUCCCAGUGUGGAAAGCGUUUUAACCAGAAAGGACACCUGAACCAACAUGAGAAAAUACACACAGGGGAGAAGCCUUACCACUGCUCCCAGUGUGGAACGGGUUGUAACGGGUUAAGGGACCUGAAACAACAUGAGAGAAUACACACAGGGGAGAAGCCUUACCUCUGCUCCCAGUGCGGAAAGAGUUUUACCCUGUUAUGUAACCUGAAAACACACGAGAGAAUACACACAGGGGAGAAGCCUUACCACUGCUCUCAGUGUGGAAAGAGUUUUAACCAGAAAGGACACCUGAAGCAACAUGGGAGAAUACACGGUGAGAAGCCUUACCACUGCUCCCAGUGUGGAAAGAGUUUUACAACGAUAGGGACACUGAAAAUUCAUGAGAGAAUACAUACAGGAGAAAAGCCGUACCACUGCUCCCAGUGUGGAAAGAGUUUUGCAACAUUUUGGAGCCUGAAAAUACACGAGAGAAUGCAUACGGGAGAAAAGCCGCACCACUGCUCCAAGUGUGGAAAGAGUUUUACCCACUUAAGUAAUCAGAAAAAACACGAGAGAAUACACACAGGGGAGAAGCCUUACCACUGCUCCCAGUGUGGAAAGAGAUUUAGCGAGUUAGGAAGCCUGAUAGCUCAUGAGCGAAUACACACAGGGGAGAAGCCUUACAAAUGCUCAGACUGUGGGAAGACAUAUUACUCAUCACAGUCACUUAAAAGACAUGUGAGAAUCCACACGGGAGAAAACAUUAAUUGAAUAUGGAGUAUGUCAGUUUGAAUAAAGAGUAUUCCGUGUGUUUAAAUGGUCCUUUUUUUAAACUCUGACUGUAUGUGUUUAUCUGCAUGUGUCUUUCCUCCAGCACUACAGAUAAUCAAGUGAUAUUUGGAUGUGAUGCAUUUGCUCCAUUGUUGACACUUGCAUUGU